UCACCUGCCCAGAGCAAGAUGGCGGCCUCCAUACUGCGACGCUCCCUUCUAGCUCCGCGCUGCAGAGCCGGAGAUGUCGCCGCCCUGCACAGUGGACCGAGCCGGAGAAGGGCGCAGGCCCCAGGGUCCAUCGCUUCUGGCCGGAGAACGGGGAAAAGUCCUGCGGGAGAGCGCGGUGUUGCUCCAUGGGUAGCAGUGGUGGGUCUGGAAAUUCAUGCACAGAUCAGUUCCAACUCAAAGCUUUUCUCUGGCUCCCAAGUCCAAUUUGCAGCACCACCUAAUUCUUUGGUAUCUUUCUUUGAUGCUUCUCUACCCGGAACCUUACCAGCUCUCAACAGGAGAUGUGUAGAAGCAGCAGUGAUGACAGGCCUCGCACUGAACUGCAGCAUAAACAAGAAGUCCUUGUUUGACAGAAAACACUAUUUCUAUGCAGAUCUGCCUGCUGGCUAUCAAAUCACUCAGCAGAGACUUCCCGUUGCUGUGAAUGGUAGUCUUUCAUACAGCCUCUGUGUAGGGGGAAAAAAGAACCAGAUGGUAACCAGGACUGUGAGGAUUAAGCAAAUCCAGUUGGAACAAGACAGCGGAAAGAGUCUUCAUGAUGACACAAGGAGCCAGACUCUCAUUGACUUGAACAGGGCUGGUAUUGGCCUCAUGGAGGUUGUCAUGGAGCCUGAUAUGAGCUCUGGGGAAGAGGCAGCUGCAGCAGUUAGGGAGCUUCAGCUUGUUCUUCAAACACUUGGGAGCAGCCAGGCAAUCAUGGCAGAGGGUCAACUGAGAGUGGAUGCCAAUGUAUCUGUGCAUCACCUCGGAGAAGCUUUAGGAGUAAGGACUGAAGUGAAGAAUAUCAAUAGUGCACGAUUCCUGGCAAGAGCAAUAGACUAUGAAAUACAGAGGCAAAUCAAGGAACUUGAAAAUGGAGGAACUGUUAUUAAUGAAACCAGAGCCUUUGAUUACAAACUUGGGUGUACCAUACCAAUGAGAGAUAAAGAAGGAAAACAGGAUUACCGGUUCAUGCCAGAGCCAAACCUCCCUCCAUUGAUUCUGUAUGAUACUAAAUCGUUGCCCGCUAAUAUGAACCAUCAGCAAGUGGUGAAUAUUGAUUGGAUUCGGGAGAGGCUUCCUGAUCUCCCCAGUGUGAGGAGAGUGAAGCUUGUUGAACAGUAUGGGAUUCUGCCUGAACACAGUUUCACCUUAUUGAAUGAAGACGGAUUAAUGGAGUUCUUUGAAAAUGUAGUGAGACAGACGCAGAUGAAUCCAAAGAAAGUGAUUGGCUGGAUUCUAAAUGAUAUGCUUGGUUAUUUAAAACAACACAACCUUACAGUCCAGGAAAGUCCAGUCAGUUCUCUCUUCCUGGCUGACCUUCUAAACCUUCUAGAGAGAGGAACAAUUUCUUCUUCAGCAGCCAAACAAGUGCUUGAGGAAUUGUGGAAGGCAGAGGGGAAGACCCCACUUCAAAUUGUUAAAGAAAAGAAACUUGAACUGAUCCAGGAUCAGCAAGAGCUUGACCAGAUCUGUCAGGCAGUGGUGGAAGGACAUCAGGAAGAGGUUAUGGAGAUAAAGAAGGGAAACCUAAAAGUUCUGAAUAAACUGAUUGGACUGGUUCAAAGAACAACAAGAGGGCGAGCAGAUCCUGUGCUGGUGAAACAAAUAUUAGAGAAGAGGCUGUCACAGUAACUUUCAGAGCAACUCGCACAGGUCCCUACAGAGGGAACGACUGGACAUUGCCUGGACUUUGUACAGUUCAAUUCCAGGCUGAGCUAGAAAAAGAUACCGUGUUGUCUCAGCAUGGAACAGAAUUAUUAUUCCCUUUUGGUGGUUAUUCAGGUAGUAUCUUGUUAUACAGUCUUCCUUGAAUGAUUCACCCUCUGUCAGGACAAAAGAAAAGAUAUUCAGUGCAAAUGAAUAGGAGAAGCUAGCACUGAGUGCUGUUCACUUUUCCUGUAGCUGGUUUUGCACACAUGAGAAAGGUAGAUGAUUCAAUACAUUACUGUUUGUCUGAAUACUCUCGAACUUGUAUCAGAUGUAUGUUGUGAUUCAAUAUUGCCACAUAGCAAUGUUUUUCUGAAGGAAUAGAAAUUUACGCAUUUUAGAGUGUGAAAUGUAAUGAUGUGAACAGGACACACCACCUACUCGCUCUGCCAAACACCCAGUGGCAGCUCAGCCACUGCUGGCCGCUCCCGCAACCUGUCAGGAGAGGGAAGUAGUUCCUCAGUGCUAUCACUCCUCCCUUGCCUCUGCCAGAGGGAGGGAAAGGAGAAGAGACUGCCCAGCUGCGUUUCCUUCCUUCAAGUGGUGAUCUAUCCUAAACCUGCUCCCCAGUGUCUAA